AUGGAGGAAUGUUAUAAAUUAAUUGAACGCCAAAAUUAUGCUGAAGCCUUGAAGCAUCUAACCUAGAUAUUAAAAAGAGAGAUCAACAACCCGUAAUUGGAGACAAUUUUUUUGAUUUAGCAUAUUCUCAGCUAAAGUUAAAGAUAUAAGAAUUUGCAAAUUAAAAUCUUAGAAAUUGUAAAACAAGAAGAAAUUGAAGAAGAUAUUGAUGACGAUAAAUAUUUCAAUCUAGUUUUGGAUUUGAUCAACCUAUAUAUAGAUUAAAACAACAUUCAGCAAGCAAAAAAUUGGUCUAAGCAAUUAAAGAAAUAUGCACAAGGGAUCAAAUAUAAUGAAGCAUUGUUGUACUUGAUCGAUAAUUUAGAUAGCAUGCUAGCUUGCAAGUAAAAAAGUAUUGAUUUGAAAGAAUAACUUGAAACUUACGAAAGAUUAUCUGAAUUAGAGAAAAAAACUAAAUAUUUUGAGCAUGAUGGUAUGCCUGCAUAUCUGAUACCAACCAGAUGGUUCAAUAAGUGGAAAAGUUAUGUGACUGACACACCCAUUGAAUUACCAAAUGAGAAUUUGAAUAUGGAAAAGGAAGUAGAAGCCUUGGAGAAUCUAUUCAAUGUCUCAAGUGAUCUUGAUAUUGAAGAAUAGAUAAAUGCUCCAGGCCCAAUCAAUGGAUUUUCUUUGAUAUAAGCGCAAUCGGCUCUAGAAUUGGAUCCCUUUGGUCCAAAAUCAUAUACGAAUUAUAUUUUAAAGGAAAACAUAAGGGAAGGGGCAGAUUUUAUACUUGUUGGACAUAAAAUAUUUGAGUAUUUUAAGAAUAUUUAUGGGGGAUUCGAAAUCAAAAGAGUAAUUGUAGAACAUAGCUAAACUCAUUAAAAAUAUGUAGAUUUAGUGCCAAGAAUGAUCCAAUUUAUAAUAUUACCAAACGAAGAAAAACAUAGAAGCAGAUUGAUUACUGCAAAUAGUAGUGAUUUGGUAUUGGAUUUGUGUAAGAAAGUAAGUAGAGUAUUGAAAUUGAAUAAUGAAGUAAGAUGGUGGAAGUUUAAUGACUUUUAGAGUCAAGAGGACUUCAUAAAAAAACUAUAAAAGAGAGAACUAUAUAAAUAAGUAUCUGCUAAGGUUUUAGAAAAAACAAUGAUGAUUGAUGAAAUCAACUUUACAAGUUCAGAUCUAUUUAUUUGUGAGGUAAGAUAUGGUAGAGACUGGCAAAUAAGUGAAAUAGAUAAAAAGAAGUUAUCCUCAUUUAAAAGAAAAAUGAAUGUUUCUGAUGUUCCAAAAAUUAUGAAUGACUCUCGUAAAGGUGUGACUGGCUUAUAAAAUCUAGGUAAUACUUGUUUUAUGAAUGCUGCCUUAUAAUGUUUAAGCAAUACUUACGAAUUAACUGAAUACAUGGUUAGUAAUGAAUUCUAUUAGCAUUUAAAUUGUGAUAAUCCUUUGGGAACUAAAGGUGUUUUGGCCACAGCCUAUGCUGAAUUGAUGAAAAUAAUGUGGUAUGGGAAUAACUCUGCAGUUAGUGCCUAUGAUUUAAAAAGAGUGAUUGGCAAGUUUGCUCCUCAAUUCUACGGUUAUGGCUAAUAGGAUUCCCAUGAAUUCUUAUCCUAUUUAUUGGAUGGUUUACAUGAAGAUCUUAAUAGAGUUCUCAAUAAACCCUUUGUUAGUGAAGUCGAAAUUACAGAUGAAACUGACUUUGAAGCAUCUAGAAUAUUUUGGAACAAUUACAUUCUCAGAAAUUAGAGUAAGAUCCAAUAAUUGAUGGUGGGUCAAUAUAAGUCUACUCUUGUUUGUCCAUAUUGUCAUAGAGUUUCGAAGACAUUUGAUCCAUACAUGAGUCUGUCACUUCCUAUUCCAUCAUACACAUUAAUACAAUUGUCUUUGUAUUUUAUAUAUCAGAAUGGGAAGAUACCAUUAAAAAUAUAGCUUAAUCUUACGAGUGAUUAAGAUGCCAAUUUUAUUGGAUAGGAAUUAUCGAAAGCAUUAGAUAUAGAAUAAGAUUAGAUGAAUUUUAUUUUAUUGAAAGAUCACUUGAUUAAGGAGAGAAUUAAGAAAAAAUAGAACGUUAAAUGGAUCCAAGAACAUGAAGGGUAAUUGUUUGUAUAUUAAAUUGAAAAAGAAUUCCAUCAAUUAUCAGAUGAUCAAAUUCAUGUUGACUUCUAUUAUUGUAACAAAAUGGAUAGAAAUUAUAAUGAAUAGAUCCUAACCUUCCCUAGAUAAUUUGUAAUGGAUAAGAAAGAUAAAAUUAUUGAUAUUUACUUUAAAAUCUAUCAGCAAUUCAAACACCAUCUCAUCUUGAUUAUCUAAGAACUCUCUGAAUAAUUACUGAAUGAAGGUGUGAAUAUAGAGGAAUUUUGUUAGGGUGUCCCUGAAACUAUCGAACAAUUCAUUGAGGAAAUCAAAUAAUUCAAAUUUGAUCUCUUUAAAUUGCUUUAUAGGGGUAAGCCAAUGGAUCAUACCAAUCAGGAUCCUAUUGAAAAUUUCAAUACAAAAGUUCUUUCAGUUAAUGUGAUUUUAAAUCCUAUCUUUGGCAGAUAAGAUUUAAAUAAUCUGAAAUUCUAAAGAUGCAAAGACUUCAAUAUCGAAUAAAAUAGAUAGUUAAGAAAAGGGGAAUACACAUUGGAGGACUGCUUAAGAUCUUUUGCAAAGGAGGAAAUCUUAGGUAAAGGCAAUGAAUGGUAUUGUAACAAAUGUAAACAACAUGUGUAAGCUACUAAAUAGAUGGAAAUAUACAGAGCCCCUUAACUGUUGAUUGUUCAUUUGAAGAGAUUCAGAUCUGGAAACAAUAGAAUAAGUAAUUAUGGAGGUUUCUUUUAUUCUGGCGGAUCUCAAAAAAUAACAACGAUGGUCCAUUUUCCUAAAAAUUUGAAUUUGAACCCCUUUGUUCUUUCAAAAGUCAAUGACAAUGAUCGUAUCGACUAUAAUUAUGAAUUGUAUGGAGUGGACAAUCACUUUGGUGGAUUAGGAGGAGGACAUUAUACUGCUUGUGCUUACAAUUCAUUGAUAAACAAAUGGGUCGAUUACAAUGAUUCAAGUGCAAGACUCACAUCAGCAAAUGUCGAAAGUGAGGCUGCUUAUGUAUUGUUUUAUAGAAGAACUGACUCUCAAAAAUGUAGUUUAGGAAGAUGA